AAUCUCAACACAUUCAUCUUUCUCCCUUCACACAAAAACCAACAAGCUUUCUCUCACCAUUAAAUUCCUAAAAGUUUAUUUCCUUUCUGAUUUCCUAAAAGUUUUGAGUCUUUAUAUUAUAGUUUUAUAUGUUUUUGGUUUGGUGAUUUUUAAUCAGAUUUUCCAGGUCUACACAUUAACCAAAGACCUCGGUCUCUCCGUCAUCAAUGGGAAGCGCAACAUCUCUGAACCUUGCUAGAAGCGAGAAAGAGAAUCCAUCCCUAAGUCAGAGAGAGUCAUCGCUUAUUGCACGAGACAGAGAGGAUUCUAAAACCCUAGUUGAAGCCAAAAGCAAAGAAGAGGAUUCGUCGACAAAGCAAGGAGAGUCACGAGACGUGGACGAAGAAUCUAAAACCCUAACUCAAGAUUCGAACGAAACAACAGAGAAAGAAGAUGAAGAUAAUGAAGAGUGCGGUUUUUGCACUUACAUAAAGGGAGGUGAGUGCAAGGAAUCAUGGAUAGAACUAGAGAAGUGCUUGGCUGAAGCCAAGAAUAACGACGGUGAAAGUAACGUCACGAAGUGCAAGGAGGCGAGAAAGAUGUUCAAGACUUGUAUGUAUGACAACCCUGUUUACUAUGAGCCCGCUAUUGCUGCGGAAACUUAUAUGGUCGCCAAGAUGUUAAGUGAUCGUCAAGCCAAAAACGAGGCCUUUCUUGUUGACAAGGCUCAAGUCGUUGCCAAGAUGUUAAGCGAGCUGCGAGCUGAGAAGGAGGCCAUUCUUUCUGGUGAUUCUGCAUCCAUUGUUAAUGCGUUAAACAAGUCGCAAAAAGAGGAGGAACGCAUUGACAUUCUGCCUGCUGAGGCUGAAGCUAUUGCGAAGAUGUUUAGCGAGAUGGAAGCGAAAAAGAAAAAGGAUAAGGAGGACAAGGAAGCAAAAGGUUCCGAGGAAAACUAGUGACUAAAUUUGAUAGACUGAGAGUGAUCAUAUAUACUGCGUGUGAAUGUGUCCAUUGAUGAAUAUUCUGAUCCUUUCUUGUUUCUCUUUAGUUUUGUUUAGCCCACCACAACAUCUCUAUUCAGAUUUAUAAUAAUAAAGACGAAUUUAUA